AUGCUGCUUAAGCUGGUUCUGAUUGUGCAAAUGUGCAGCACCAUACAUGGAUAUAAAGAUCCAGGCGAAUGCUCAAGAUACGCAAACAAAGGGAAAGAUGAUUUAACGGAGAUAUGUGGACGACGAGGAGUGCAGGAUACGGUUUCUGAGCGAAUUAUUAAUGGUACCGAGGCGAUUCCGGGCUCCUGGCCGUGGAUGGUGGGGCUGUAUACUGCAGAAAACCAAUUCACUUGUGGUGGCGUUUUAAUAAGCCGCGAGUUUGUUUUAACUGCUGCUCAUUGCUAUUGGGACAAGACCAAUACAGACUUUCUUUCAGUACGCCUGGGAAGUACGAAAAAAAACAAUCAUACCGUACAUUGUCAACGCAACACGGGCAAAAAUUUCCAUCUAGGAACAAGUGACGCAACUGUCGUCCAUGAGGAUCUGAAAGAUAAGGUUGUUUGCAUUGAAGUGGAUUACGUCUGUGUACCCCUUCAGGACAACUGUACCCUUUUUAUGAAAGACCUUGCACUAUUGAAACUAAAAGAACCGGUCAAUUUUACAACGUAUAUUCGGCCAAUCUGCCUUCCUGAACACUACGAAGAACCGCCUCCAAAUGCCAGCAUCUAUGGUGUGGGCUGGGGCCGAGUUUAUGAUGAUUAUUAUGAGAUGGAUGAAUCGUUACACGAAACGAACGAAGACGCCGAAGAUUUUGUGGAUUAUAAGACUUCAGCAGAAGAAACGAACGAUGUGUCAUCAGCGGAACUGGAGCGCUUUGUGGUACAUUUUAACCCAGAAACCUUGAUGGAAAGAAAUAUAUCCUUAAUUACUAAUGAACAGUGCGUACGACAACUUGCCACAACUGUUCCAAAUUACAUCCUAUGCUCCAAUGGGGGAGUAUGUUUGGGAGACAGCGGAGGACCUUUGAUGUACGAAAAAGACGGACAAUGGUUUCUUGCUGCUAUUAAUGCUGUGACCGAUGAGUGCUACAACCCUCCUGGGCCAUCACUACAUGUUAGGGUGUCACAUCUUGUUGACACGUUUAUUCUACCCCUCAUGCAGCAAUAUCAGAAUUCGGAAUCAACUAAACAUCACUUAUGUAUGAAGGACGAGGCUCGAAAGGAAUGUGUGACUACAUUUUUUAACUCGUACAACGUGACACUGGCUGAUUCAGUAGUAGACGACGAAACUAGUGCAUUAAAACGUUAA